GGCGUGCCGCUGCUCACUGCCACUGCUCACAUCUCAGGCACUGACAGGAUGGAAAUCUAUUUGGUGACCCAAAUCAUGUGGAGCCAGCCUUACAUAGUAGAAUUUGGUUGCUGCUGCUCACUGCUCAAGCAAAGAAGGAUAAAAUUUGUUGCCAGAAAAAGAGAAAAAGGAGUAGAUAAGGAUCAGGAAGUGAGCUUGAAUGGAGAAAAAUGUGCUAGCUGUUUUUUGGACAAUGUUAGCUGCUAGGGGCACUCGCCUCCUGCACUCUCCAGCCAACACAUGCUUUUUUAUUGGGCCACCUAAGCUUACUUAGCCAUGAAAUGAUGACCUCUAACGUGGCCCAAUGAAAUGGAAGUGUUGGC